AUGUGCUUCUUCGAUCAGCACCGUUUUGCCUGUGGCGAUUGGAAGUGGGGCCAUUUCCGCCAGCACUGCGCCAAGGAGUACCGCAUUGGCGAAACGUGCGGCAUGAAGCUCAUCAUGCAGACGGUGCCUGUCCAAACGAAGUGCAAGCUCUGCGAGAAGAUCGACACGAAGAUGAGGCGCCGGGCCUCCGAGGUGGAGCGCAUCAACCGGUGGCAGCGCGAGGGGACCAAGUUCCGAGCGUCCAUUGACAAGUCGUUGGACACGAUCCGGGGUCUGGAUAGCGAGAUCUAUGAGCUGAGCUGCGAGCGCAACCGCAGGCUGCAGGGCAUUGGUGCCCUGACCAGCACCCAUGCCUGA